AUGGAAACGUUUACCGCAAGAAACAAAAAGUCAAAGCAAGAUAACAAGGAAAGCUACAGUAAAACUGACUCUAUGGUUGACUCUAAACUUAAACAACUCAAGAUAAGUCGUGAAAAGACGGAUUUAAACAAAACUGAUGAAGUACAGCCAGAUGCAAAAGUGAUUUCAAGUGUUGGCAAUCAAAGAUUGUUAAAAUUUGGAUCUGUCACGCUAUCAAGCUCUGCAAAGACACCAAAACCACCAGAAGUUCCAAGGUCUACCACAUUUUGUCGCAAGGGCACAGCCAGUAGACUGGGGGGUGAUGGAGAAGCUUGUGAAGAGGGGGUUGAAGAGAUUGAUUAUUGUUGUAUUGAAAGAUUGCCAGGUGAUGGUUGCUUUUCUGAAUGCACUGAAGAUGAUGAUGAUGGUAAUUUAUCUGAUGGUUAUUAUGAAGAUGAUCUCUUAGAAGAAGGAAUUGAUGAUAUUAAUGAUGAAUCUUGCUCAGAAG